AUGCAGCGAGUAAAGGGAGUUCGAGGAGGAAUCGUGAAGCGUCAAGCCGGAUACGAUACUGGAGAUGCCGGUGUUUCAGCCGGUGUUUCUGAGCAAGCACCAACUUGCUGCAGUUGCAAGUCCGGACUGGCUGGACCACCUGGUCCUCCGGGUCUCGAUGGCCCUGAUGGUAAAGAUGGUCUGCCAGGAGCUAAUGGAGAACCUGGUGCCGACGCUGCACCAGACGCAGUACCUACUGCCGAUGACUUCUGCUUUGACUGCCCCGCAGGACCACCAGGACCUGCUGGAAAUCCAGGACCUAAGGGUCCACCCGGAAAUCCAGGAGCUGACGGUCUACCUGGCCCAGACGGCCAACCUGGACAGCCUGGUCCACCAGGACCUCAAGGACCACCUGGACCCGAUGGACAACCUGGACAACCUGGAGAGCAAGGUCCACCCGGUAUUGUUGAAGAAGUACCAGUUCCCGAUGGCCCAGCUGGACCUCCAGGACCACCCGGACCACCUGGACCAGAUGGACAACCAGGAGCACCCGGUCAACCCGGACAAGACGGACCACAAGGACCUCCUGGAGACCCAGGACGAGACGGACCACCAGGAAACCCAGGAGCUCCAGGAGAACAAGGUCCUCUGGGAGAAAGCGGAGCUGGAGGUAGCUGUGAUCACUGUCCACCACCACGAACAGCUCCUGGAUACUGA